GGUUAAUGGAUAACGUUACCAAAGUAACAACGAACAGUGAAUCUUUUUUCAAAUAGGUUUGAAGUUCCUUUUGCCGAACUAACAUUUAGAUUGGCGCCAUUUUACUUCUAUUCUAGCGUCAUUAUUGCAUGUCGUAUAGAAAGGUGAAAUUGUGAGUUUAUAUUUGUUUUACGAUAUUGUCGAAAAAUGGGGAAAAAGAGGGUAGAAGAGAGCGAAAGUGAAGAAGAAUAUUCGGUGGAGAAGAUAAUUGACAGGAGGGUAGUAGAUGGUAAAGUAGAAUAUUUUUUAAAAUGGAAAGGUUAUUCCGAAGACGAUAAUACGUGGGAACCGGAGGACAAUUUGGAUUGUCCCGAACUUAUCGCUGAAUUCGAAAAAAACCGGAAAGCUAAGAAAGCUCUUUCCAAGGAUAAAAAACGGUCCAGAGAAAAUUCCACUUCUUCCAUAGAAUCCAAUACAUCGACAUCAAAAGAUAAAGACAAAAAAAAAAAGAAAGGUAGAUCCCUUUCACCGGAUUCCGACGACGAACCGGCGAUCAAAAAAACCAAAGUAGAUGAAUCCGACGACGAAUCAAAAUCCAAAAAAAAAUCACUCAAGAAUUCAGACUCAGAAGAAGACAAAAAGAAAAAACAGAAGAAAAAGGAUUCAGACUCAGAAGAGGAAAAAAGAAAGAAAUUGAAAAAGAAAGAAAAGGACUCCGAUUCUGAAGAGGAAAAAAAGAAGAAACCCAAACGGAAAAGCGGACCUAAAUCGAGGAAAACUCCAUCUGACGAUUCGGAUGACGAAGAAAAAUCCAAGAAGAAAAGAGAAGAUGAAAAAUCAAAGGUGAAGAAAGAGGACGAGAAGAAAAAGAAAGUGGAAGAUUCGGACGAGGAUGAGCCUAAGAAAUCGAAAAAAAUCGAUGUGAAAGACAAGAAAGGGAAUAAAAAGGAGAAAUCUGCCUUCGAAAAGGGCUUAGACGCCGAAAAGAUUAUAGGAGCGUCCGAUACGACGGGUCAAUUGAUGUUUCUGAUGAAAUGGAAAGGUAGCGACGACACAGAUUUGGUGUAUGCGAAGGAGGCCAACAUAAAGUGCCCCCAAGUGGUUAUUAAAUUUUACGAGGAAAGAAUCGCUUGGCAUACACCCGACGAAUGAGAUUUUUCUUAUUGUUUAUUUAUGGCGGGAUGCAUGGUUUUCUUUUUAAUCGAAACAGUCUAAUAAGAUAGAAAAAAAUAGGUAAAUCUAUAGUUUUAUUUUUUAUUUCAAUGUAAACACCUAAUUUUUGUUGUUGAUGAUCCGGUUUUUUUUUAUCUUGUAUCAAUGUUUCCUUCUUACAAUGAUGAACUGUUGAAAAUUUUGUAUAAAUAAAAUUAAAAAAUUAAAUGUUUUUUGCUCAUUUUUCGAGGUAUCCCCGUAACAAUUGGAUAUUUUCGGGUGAUCCAAAGCUUGAAGAUCCCAGAAAGGUGGGUAUUUAAAGUUGAAAUACAGUUUUUUAAAUUGAACGAAAUUUUAUUUUUUUAUUUCAUUCUGUAUUCAAAUAUCAAAAAAUUAUUUCUAUUCAGCUAUUUACUGAAAUUACAACUAUUUUUAUAAAGGAAAUAUCAAAAAGAAACUAGAAAGCAAAAGGUUUAAAAGAUUUUUUUUCUGUUUUCUACAGGGGGCUUUUGAUAAGAACAAUUUUUUCAUUCUAUUGCAAGAUAACAUAGAUCCGAAUCGUAAAUUUCAAUUAUAGUUGCAGCAUUAUGGACCUAAUAUAACAUAAUAAUAAGGAGGAGCGAGAUUUUUUUCAUUUUUAUGAGGAAAUUUUUAUUAUUUGGCUCCACCCUGUAUUCAAAAUCCAAAAAAUUUUUUUUCAUAUAUAGACUGAUAUUGUAAUUAUUACUAUAAAGAAAAUUAAAAAAAAAAUAAAUAGGAGGUUGAAAAUUGUUUCCCCAAUUAGCUACAGGGGGCUUACGAUAAUAACGAAUUUUUUCUUUCCAUUGAAAGGUCACAUAAACUCAAAAUGUAAAUUUCACUUACAGUUGUAGCCUUAUGGAUCUAAUAAUAUAUAAUAAUAAUAAAAAAUGAGAAUUUAAUG